CGCGCUCACACACAACACACGAAGAAGCCGCAGCUGCGUUGACCGGAAGAGCGUUUGUGUUUGACACUCCAGUUGCUGUCUAUGAACAUGAGUGUCCCAGACUACAUGCAGUGUGCUGAGGACCAUCAGACCGUCCUGGUGGUGGUCCAGCCUGUGGGCAUUGUCCCAGAGAGCCAGUUCUUUCGUAUUUACAAACGCAUCACUAGCGUGAGCCAGGUCAGUGUACGGGACUCCCAGCGUGUCCUCUUCAUCCGUUACCGUCACCAUUACCCCCCUGAGAACAACGAGUGGGGGGACUUUCAAACUCACCGCAAAGUCGUGGGUCUCAUCGCCGUGACCAGCUGUGCCACGGCCAAAGAGUGGCCGCAGACGUUGGACCGAUUUCAUGGGCAGAAGGAAGUGUUCGGCUCCACGCUGUACGACUCGCGGCUGCUGGUGUUCGGGAUGCAGGGGGAGGUGGCGGAACAGCAGAGGACGGAUGUGGCCUUUUACCCCGGCUACGAUGACUGUCCUGAUGUGGAGAAACGGGUGGAGGAUUUCGUAGAGUCCAUAUUUAUCGUCCUGGAGUCGAAAAGGCUGGACAGAGCCACAGAUAAAUCCGGCGAUAAGAUUCCACUGUUGUGUGUGCCGUUCGAGAAGAAAGACUUUGUGGGGUUGGACACCGACAGCAGACACUAUAAGAAACGCUGUCAGGGCCGCAUGAGGAAGCACGUGGGAGAUCUAUGUUUGCAGGCGGGAAUGUUACAGGACGCCCUCGUCCAUUAUCACAUGGCUGUGGAGCUGCUGCGAUCUGUCAAUGACUUCCUCUGGCUUGGAGCUGCUCUGGAGGGUUUGUGCUCUGCAUCUGUCAUCUUCCAUUACCCAGGAGGCACAGCGGGGAAGACUGGAGCCCGCAAACCCGGAAUCUCGUCUGCCGCAGAUGCUGGAAAGAGACACAGACCUGGCGCUCAGGAAGUUCUCAUUGAUCCAGGUGCUCUGACGACCGGUGGGAUCAGUGCAGACACAAGUACUGAGAUUGGACGAGCCAAAAACUGCUUGAGUCAGGAGGAUAUCAUUGAGAAAUACAAGGAGGCCAUCUCGUACUAUGGCAAGUAUAAGAGUGCUGGAGUGAUUGAGCUGGAAGCCUGCAUUAAGGCUGUCAGAGUUUUAGCCAUUCAGAAGCGAGCCAUGGAGGCGUCAGAGUUCCUGCAGAAUGCAGUUUACAUCAACUUGGGACAGGAAAGUUUUUUCAUCUGUGAUCAGCUCUCAGAAGAGGAGAAGAUCCAGCGUUACAGCGUUCUCUCAGAGCUCUACGAGCUCAUUGGCUUCCACCGUAAAUCAGCGUUUUUCAAACGUGUUGCUGCCAUGCAGUGUGUCGCCCCCACCAUCCCUGAGCCGGGUUGGAAGGCCUGUUACAAACUCCUGCUAGAGACCCUGACGGGAUACAGCCUCUCUCUCGACCCUAAAGACUUCAGCAAAGGAACACAUCGUGGAUGGGCAGCAGUGCAAUUACGGUUACUUCAUGAGCUAGUUUAUGCAUCUCGUCGUAUGGGUAACCCUGGGCUGUCGGUCAGACAUCUGUCUUUCUUACUGCAGACCAUGCUUGACUUCCUCUCUGACCAGGAGAAAAAAGAAGUGACCCAGAGUUUGGAGAAUUACACAUCAAAGUGUCCGGGAGGAAUGGAGGUGAUUAACCUUCCUGACGGACUUAAACUUCCUCCUGUUCCCUUCACCAAGCUACCCAUUGUCAGAUCUGUGUCUCUGCUGAACCUGCCGGUGAGUCUGCGUCCUCACAAGGUGAAAGGUCUUCUGGGACAGGGGAUGUCCACCGCCAGUCCAUUCAUCUACUCUCCAAUCACAAUACACAGCAGAGGAGACGAGCGCUCCAAAAAGAUCGAUUUCCAGUGGGUGCAGGGUGACGUGUGUGAGGUGCAGUUUAUGGUCUAUAACCCUAUGCCAUUUGAGCUACGUGUAGAGAAUAUGGGUCUGUUGACAUCAGGUGUAGAUUUCGAGUCGCUGCCUGCUGCUUUGUCAUUGCCAGCUGAGUCUGGCCUCUACCCGGUUACUUUGGUUGGAGUUCCACGCACCGCAGGAAACAUCACAGUCAACGGUUACCACACAUCAGUGUUUGGGGUGAGCAGUGACUGUCUCCUGGAGGGCCUGAGCGGGGUGAAGAGCAGUGGCUGUAUGGUGGAGGUGGUGCCGUCACUCCCACGGCUACAACUCUGCACGUCCUUACCAAGGUCUGCUCAUUUGUCCAGUGAAGAUCUGUCCAGCAGUGUGUCCCUACAACUAUUUAACGGAGAAACACAAGAACUGACCAUCACGCUGGAGAACAUCGGCACAGAGACGCUGAACACACUGGAGCUGACGUUUAAAACACUCAGCACUAAAGAGAAGAUGUUUGGUGAAUUCUUGAGCUGGGACCUGCAGGACGCUCUGUCUCACCUGCCAUUGAAAUCCGGUCAAUCUGUGUCCAUCCCUGUCAAGAUACGAGCCAAACUGGACUUCUCUGGUCAGGAGAACCUGUUACACGACCUGAAUGAUGAUGGUAUCAGUGUAACAGGUCUGCCGGUAUCCAGUCCACUGCGACAGGUCCUAAAGCAACGCUCUGAAAAUAAACCAGUCAGCACUGACAGCAACAAGAACGAAUACAACCAUGUCAAGGUGCUGGAGGCCGUGUUGACCUUUAAGUACAGUGGAGGUGCCGGGCAGGUGGAGGGGUAUUACCGUGAACUCAGUCUGGGAGUCAGAGUGGAUGUUGAACCUUCAGUGUUCUUCACGAGAGUCAGCACUCUUCCUGCCACCAGCACUCGUCAAUGUCAUCUGUUGCUGGACGUGUUUAACUCAACAGAACACGAUCUCACACUUUCUGCAAAAAACAACCAGGACCUGGUGCUACAUGCCAGCGAGUGUCAGAGGAUGGCCAUUCAGGUGGAUAAGUUUGACUUUGAGAGUAUGCCUGUGACAGAUCAUGAUGCAAUGCGGCUGGCCACGGUUCGCCAACAGGAAGAGAAGAGAAAGCUGGUGCAGGGAGGACUCAUCAACAGCACAUUGGACAUCCACUGGACCAUCUCGUCGCUUCAGCGUCAUGGAGAGGCCAGUGUGGAGGGCGUCCUCAACCAACUCGUUCUGGAACAUCUGCAGCUGGCCCCUCUACAGUGGGAUGUUGUGGUAAAUGGUAAGCCAUGCGACUGUGACAUAGUCGCCGACUGCAGGGUCGGAGAUGCUGUGUCGUUAGAGGUGAAACUGACCAAUUGCAGCAAGAGCGCCGUCGGCCCGUUCUCUCUGUCCGUCAUCCCCUUCCAAGACUACCAGAACGGAGUCCAAAACUAUGACCUACAGGACGCAGUCACUUUCAUUGGCUCCAACACUUUUUACAUCGGCUCGGUGAACCCUGCGGAGAACUCCGUCUGUAUUGGAGCGCUGCUCUUCUUAUACACUGGAGAUUUCUACCUGAACAUCAAGUUUCAAGAUGACAGCACGGGCCGCGACCUGCCGCCCACAUGGUUCUGUUUACCCAGCGUCCACAUCAAAGCCCAGGAGCAAAUCGAAGCGGGCGUCUGAGCCUGUGACCACUGACUUUGACCUGAAUGACUCAGUAGGCUUGUGAAUUGGACCUUUGUCUCUCACAAGGGAUCUGCUGUUGUCAAGAUGACUACUGCGCUGCUCUAGAUAGUCUCUACAGUCUAGAGCAAGUAAAAUCUUAUUUAAAACGCUUUUAGAGUGUGGAGAUGUUUAAAUUUAUGCCGAACAUGACGCUUUAUGGUCAGUUUGAUGGUUAAGAACCGAUUAUUCUCAUAGUGUUUCUGUAUUUGUACUGUUUAGAGCCGCCAGGCGAUCUAAAUAUUUCGGGUAACCGUUAAGUGAAUGUCAAUGGCAUUCUUACAAUUUAGUCUCUAAACUUUUGGUGCCUCGAAAUCUGGCUCUUUGACAUGUAAGAGUGUGUUAUUUUGGGCAAAUGUUGCAUAUGCUACACUUCAUGACAACUACACGUUAUGCUUUUAGUGAGUAAAUCUGACCAAAAUGUAUCUAGGUCAUAUUUCACCCCAAAAUCAUAAGAAAAAAAUAAAUAAUAAUAUUGUAUUUUGCAGAAAGAAAAUAAAGCCUGGUUUUGGGAUCAUUAAGAUGUUUUGCAUUGUGACAUUAUUUUCAUGACGGUUAUAUUUUCUCCCCAAAUCCUCUGUAAUGCGUCCAGACGUUUCACUCAUUCUCAUAAUUGACAGGAUUACAAUAACAACAUUUUGUCAUUUAAAUCCGCAUAAAGGCUGCAAUAGAAAUACUACUUGACAAUUUAAAAAAAAUAUAUAUAUUUUUUAUUUGAAUUUGAAAGAAAAUUUGCAUGAUUUUAAAAUGUCACAAUGCAAAAAAAAAUCUUAAUGGUCCAAAAAAUAAAAGUUAUUUUAUAUAUAUAUAUAUAUGGUUGUUCUAUUGUUCCAGAAAUUGCCAUUUUUCCGAGGUAAUGUUUCUAGCAACCGGCGAUUGCUGUAAAUGUGUUAUUCAUGCUGUUGUUGCAGUGUGCACCAGUGGUGAGAAUGCAAGAGGCGGUUUUGAAGGUCUCUGUUAUGUUCUACAAUAGUCUGUGGUUGCAGUAAUUAAAUGAGCAUUAAUGUCUACACAGGGAAUCCACCGCUGAGUAACCCAAAACUUACACAACUCAGUCUAACAUCACAUCUCCUGGGACAAUUCAUUUUAAAUUGAAUGGGUUGUUAAAUGUAAGAAUCAUUUUCUUUUGAGUAAUAAUUCAUUUAAAGAUAACCAGAAUAUGAAUAAAUAAAUACAAAAACUAGUUUAUAAUCGUUAUUAAGGGAUGGUCACACUAGAUUUUGUAUUAAAUGUACUUAAAUUUUAUAAAAUUAAAUUAUUAUUCAUUUCAAUUUAAUUAUAUAAAAUUAAAAGCUAAAUAAAUGUUAAAAUGAAAAAUGUUUUACAUGCAUCCAGGGAAUCCUAAUGUACAGUACUGCAUGUAUUAUGUAUAUAAUUGGAUUGAUUUAUACAUUGAAACAGCCUUUCAAGGAAUAGUUCGCUCUAAAAUUUAAACUCUGAUGAUUUUUGUUCUUUUCUUUGAGGACUUGUCAGAUUGCUGUGAUUAUUUAAAACUUCCCAACAUUGAAAUGUUGAUCCAGAUAAAAUGAAAUGUUCAAGACUGUUCUAACUGUAAGUCAAGCAGCAAUGAUCAAAGAGGAUUGAAUCAUGUUAAUGACAUAUAAACUUUGAGUUGAUGAGCCGUGACAUUUAUACACACACAGAAGCUCUGAAUAAUGAACCUGCAAACAAACCCAGAACAUAAACUUUGAAAUCUUUAUGUGACAGGCCUCACUGAGUUCAGUUAUAAGUGUGUAUAUGUGUUCACUUGAGUUAUACACGUUUGCUGGUAGAAAAGUGUGUUUGUGUCUCUGUGUGUGUGUGUGUGUGUGUGUGUGUGUGUGUGUGUGUGUGUGUGUGUGUGUGUGUGUGUGUGUGUGUGUGUGUGUGUGUGUGUGUGUGUACGCGCGUGUGUGUGUGUGUACGCGCGUGUGUGUGUGUGUACGCGCGUGUGUGUGUACGCGCGUGUGUGUGUGUACGC